CGUUUAUGGAAUACAUGAACCGUAUAUAAAGAUGUUGAUCGUCAGUAAGAUAAAAGGAAAAGCAUGCAUGUGGUUGCAUGCAGAUCCUGAACGUGUAUUGCUACCAACAGAGCAGUUGGCGGCUAAGCUUAUAUAAAUGUUUGGUGAGAGGAAUUCGAAGUUAGAAGCAAGGCGAAAAUUUGAGGAACGAAAAUGGACAGCGGGCGAAAGCUUUGUUGCUUAUGCAGACGAUAAGGUGAUGCUUGCACAUGGAAUAAAUAUGGAUGAUGAAGAAUUGGUGGCGCUCCUCAUUGAAGGUAUUCCGAAUCAAAUGCUACGUAACCAAGCCCGUAUCCAAUGCUUUGAAGAUAUCCAGCACAUAAAGCGGGCAUUUGCGGAAGUGAAACUACCGAAAAUGGAUGAAGCAGACAAGAAAGUGGCGUCGGUGAACAAUAAUAACAGCACACUCUUGCGUUGUUUCAAUUGCAAUUCGAAGGGACACUGGGCCAAAGAGUGCAGGAAGCCAAAGCGCGAAAAAGGGUCAUGCUAUGCCUGUGGUGAGAUGGGGCACUUUGCAGCAAAGUGCCUGAAAAACAAGAAUGGGGAUGAAAACAAUUACCAUGCCUCAUAGACACGGGAAGCCCCAUUUCGUUCAUAAAAAUUAGUAAAGUAUCUAAAGAUGUUAUU